AAAAUAAUAUAUCGAAAUAAUUACAAACCAAAACCCUCAACUACUUUAUCCACUUCUUCUUCUUCUUCUUCUUCAUCGCUCGGUGUGUGUGUUUCAGUGUGGAAAUGGCGUCGACCAGUGCCGUAAUAUCCCAAUUCCAUAAUUCCGCGGCGGCUUCCGCCUCCAUCAAUAGAUUAAACAUCAGCAAAUGUCCAGCUGGCAUUCGAGUUUUAUCCCCGUCUAGUUAUCGUAAGCUCGUACGAAAACAGAGAAAUUUCCGUAUCUGCGGUUUAUUUGGUGGGAAGAAGAAUAAUAGCGAAAAUAACGAUGACGCCACUUCCAAGAUGGGAAUGCUGGGAGGAAUGCAGAAUUUAUACGAGACUGUGAAGAAGGCACAAAUGGUGGUACAGGUCGAGGCAGUGAAAGUGCAAAAAGAACUUGCCGUAGCAGAGUUUGAUGGUUACUGUGAAGGAGAGCUCAUUAAGGUAACUUUAUCCGGGAAUCAACAACCUAUACGCACUGAAAUUACGGAGGCUGCAAUGGAGUUAGGACCAGAAAAACUUUCGCUUUUGAUCACCGAGGCGUACAUGAAUGCUCAUCAGAAGAGUGUACUUGCAAUGAAGGAAAGAAUGAGUGACCUUGCGCAGAGUUUAGGAAUGCCUCCAGGCCUGAGCGACGGGUUCAAGCAAUGACUUUUUUCUGGAGAGCUGCAGUUUAUGAAACGAUCUGUACGUACAUUAGAUUUAUAUCCGUAUUCACAUUGUACUCGCAUGCACUGAUUUAAUUCAACACUGAUGUUUGAAAGCAAUGUAUUUGUCAUUUGACAUCCCCA